AUUUUAAUGAUAUUAUAUUUUAAUUUUCUUUAGCUCGUUGGCAUAAAGCAAAAACUUGCUUUUCUCAUGACCUGUAAGUUUAUUUACAGAUUAUAAUUGAUUCAUUUAUCUCUAACCUUGAAAGAAGUUCUAACAUUCCAUGAGGGCUAGACGCUGCACCCAGUGGCGUAGGAAUAGCUUAGAAAAGUUGGGGGAGGGGCAGGCUUUGAAGGGCACUUUCAAAAAAAAAAGGCAUCUCAAAAUUUUUUUGCGACUCCCCCCCGGCGCCAAAAAAAUUUCGGUCAGUGUACCAUUUUAGGGGUAAAAAAAUUUUCCGGACAUACCAUAUUUCUUCUUAAAUACAAAAAAAUUUUCCGGACAAACCAAUAUAUGAUAUUUUUCUCGAAAACUAAAACAUUUUUCGGCAAAAAAACAUAGAUGGAGUUUUCAAAAUUUUCGUUUGGACAAAAAAUGCAAAUUUUUGGAAACUUUUUCAAGCACAAAAAGGGCACUUUGCUCCAGGAAAAAGGGCACUUGGCAAAACUUGGGGGGCAUGGCCCCCCUGCCCCCCGGUUCCUACGCCCCUGGCUGCACCUCUCACACAAACAUGGACAAAGGUCCUCCACCAAAACAAGUCGAUUCCACUGAUUCCUGUAGUUCGCACACAAACGACGACUAGCGAUUGCUAGCGAUUGCUAGCGAUGGUUUAAUUAUUUACCUGAUGAUAUUUAUUAGGGAUUCAUCCUCUUGGGUCGAAGGAAAAUCCAGCAGUUUCUUGCAAAGCUAUACUAAAACGUGACAGGUUAGUGAAAACAUCGGAAUUUUGAAAUGUUUCAACAAUCUUUGAUCUUCCUAAUUUGUCUCCCUAGCUUGAGUAAACAUAAAAUAAAUCACGGAAUUUUUAUUGUUCCUAUCGACCUAGAUAUGCACCAAGUGGAACUUAUUAUAUCAAAGUGAACGACACAAAUCUCUCUGGAAAUGCGCAAAACGUUUACUGUAUCAUGAGAAGAUCAUAUAAUUGUCCAGCCGGUGUAACUCAGGUUCUUAAAAUAGACGGACGAAAGGUGAGUUGGUUUGAAAUAGCCUGUGGAUCCUCAUAAUUAUGACCCACAAUGAGAAAUGUCGACGUUUCAAGCAGAGGCUUUGGAAGUAGUUGGCUUCCAGAUGAAGAAGGGCCGUUUAAAAUUUCGCUCAGAACAUCGAGGUUAUGGUGGCGGCGCCAUUUACAGUCCUUUUAAUUGAAAAAAACUAACUAGGAAAAUCAAUUAAGCAUAAUUCAAGAUCAGUGAUCUCAAUGCUUUUAUAACAUUUUUAAAUUUUUUAAUGUUAAAAACAUUGAGCUGACUGAUUUUGAAUUAUGCUUAAUUGAUUUUUCUAGUUGUAAUGCGCCUUAAAAACCAUCAUUCAAAAGGCUAAACUGCAUGUGCCUUUAUUAACUCAGAAAGAAACCACAUUGAUGGCAUUUUACUGCAUCAUAAUCUCGAACUGUCUGUACCAGUGUAGGUAGCGACGAUUACAAGACAGUUGUGGAUUGAGAGGGAUAUAACUACUUGGAAAAUAUAAGCACAAAUUGAACGUUUCGAGCGAAGGCCCGACUAACUUCCCGACCUUCACUCGAAGGGCCUUUGCUUUUCAGCUAGUUGUAUCUCUCAAUCCCAAGCACUCCUAGGUUACAGCACUCCUAGGCUACAGCACUCCUAGGCUACAGCACUCCGGGACCAAAAAUCGCCCUAAGUCACCAUGCCUGACUUGCCUUACCGUAGAACGCUACUGAUACAAUACACAAAUCAUAUUUUUCAAUUUAGAACACAUUUAAGUAUUCUUCGCCUUUAUGGACGAACAAAGAAAUGUUUAAGCCUGAGAAUGGCAGAACAGGUUGCGAUUACACUCAGACAAAGCUUGCGACAUACUGGAGCACGCCUUUUGAAAGUAUUUGUGUGCGCAUGCGUCGCCCUAAUACCUGGAGGAUUCGAUCAGUUAAAAUUGAUAUAAAAGGUAUGUAUCAUUGAACUGUAUAAGUGACUGGAAGGUUAACUCCACAAGCGGUCCUAUGAUUGGGUGGAGCCAAUAUAUUUAAAAUAACGUCCAGUACACUGGUCUACUUCAACACUGAUGUACUUCAUUUUACUGAAGACGGUAAAGCUCCAGACACACCGGACGAGAUUCGACAACGCGACGCGAUUUUUCGAUUUUCAUUGAACGAUAACUUUGGCCUAGAUUAAAUUUUCCAAAUAUUUAGAAGCGCUAUAACAUUUUGAGUUAUUGGGUCUACAUACCUUUCAAAAUUUGCUCUCAUUGGCUGCUUUAUUAACUUUCAAAAACUAAAAAAUCGCGUCGCGUUGUCGAUUCGCGUCCGGUGUGUCUUGACCUUAAGACUACAUUACAGAAUGACUAUACAUAUUGAGUACUGAGUUUGUACCAGCGCAAGUAUGCGGGCACUAUUAAGCAAUGGCGUACCAGUCACGUACGACUAAAAAUCUUGAAUUAUCGCUCCUUGAUUUACUAAAAACUAAAUGACGUGUAAAUCAUUUUCAUUUUAGCCAAAUCUCUUUACGACUUGAUCGCGCCAGGCAAGUACACCGAGACGACAUUAAACAUCAAGAAUAGUUGGAAAGGUUUGCUUUACCCUUAUCCAUCUUCUCUGCAAACAGCAUGCACAAAACAAGGUAUCAACGUUUAUACAAAGGCUUCAGGUGCGAGGAUCGGAAUAAUAGGGGAUGAAAAGUCCGGUUGUCCUGACCCAGACUCUUACAUUGGUUUUGGGACGGAGGGGAGUUCGUGCGGACGGAACGCGGACACGAGCUGUGGAAACGAGGCGGGGUGUGGGGCCGACCAAGGGGAUAAACAUACCCAGACUAUGGGGUAUAUCUACGUUUAUUAAAUGACUAAAUCUAUGUUUUUAAGUGAAAAUGAUUUUCCUACUGAUCUAAUGAAAUUUGAUAUAACUCGGAUAUAUAUAGUCACUGAUCUCAUAUGAUACAACUGAACUAAUGAAGUUAGUGUGUCUAAUAAGUUUUCGGGCCAGAGAACCCUUUAAAGGCAGGAGAUUAUUUCAUAAAAUAUUUUCCAUCAAAUGCGUGAUUAUUUUAUAAAAUAAAAUUUACUUUAUAUUAUUUUUGUUACUCUGAUAACGACCAAUUGGCUACCAAGAUUGCUGCACGAUAGUUCUUAGUGAAACCUAGUGGUGAAACCUAGUCUUCUUCACAGCUUGUUUGCGGGUGCGAAGUUUAAACCUCGCAGGCACCCGCGAACAGGCUGCAAAGGAGACUAAAUGAAACUUACUUAUAUUGAUAUUCGUGAGUUAGAAGUGGAUCCUGACCGAGAUACCACCGAAGAUACCAAACAGCUUUAUGAUCAUGACCAUCAAGUAAUUUGAAUUUGAAAUUUCAUUCAAAAUAAGCCAGAAUUAUGUACGUUGUCGCAGUGAGAAUUUUACUGUAUUAAUUAAUGGUAUAUGUAUAACUAAAACGCGUAUUAAACAGAAAUUCCAAUAAUUGUUUCACUUUUGUGUUCUGUUUCAUUAUUUUACAUCAUUUAACACGGAUUUGUCAAAGCCUGAGCAGGUACAUGACGAAUGAUGUUGUUUAAUUUGUUAUUUUUACCAAUUUCGAUUUAAGUUUAUUCGAUGCUUAAUUAAGCAUUGAAUCUUUUAUUUUUAAAUUGUAAUGUUUCUAUAAAAAAUUUAGCACGAAGCCUCAAUUUGGCGUUGUUCUUCUUCACAAGUAAAGCGUAACUCGGAAAUGAUCUGUUUAAGAACUGGACACAAUAUCCAUCCUACAUUCCAGUUUCAGUCGUUACAGAGUACGUGUUUGAAUCAUCAGUUGGUGGCUGAACUCGAACUACAGACGUAUGAUGUGGGUUCUCUGUCUCAACGACGUGAAAUUCUCGAACGCUUUUCUUCGGUUUAUCUUCUGGCUCGCUGAAUAUUUUGCUAACAUGAAGCUGGUGGCUUUUGUCUGUAGGAUGUAAUGAGUAGUAUGUUUGUAAAUUUCUCAGUUGAUUUUGUACAAUCAUCGCUUCUUUAUCUGCUAUAUUGUCAAGGUCGUCUCUCGAUACGAGUCUCUUUAAAUUUCUCGAAACUUUCUGCAAAUA